UCUUCCUCGGCCCGGACGUGGAGACCCUGACGACCCGUGACCCAGCCGCUGGUCCCCUCGGCGGCUCGGACGCCACCAUGCUGCCGAGCACAGCGCUUUACGCGGCCAAGAAGCGAAAGAAGCCCGUUCAGAAAAUCCCCAAACCUCCACCUCCCGAUGGCAUCAAGUCCAACCCGUCCAAACGCCACCGCGACCGGCUCAACGGCGAGCUGGACAAGCUCACCAGCCUGCUGCCCUUCACCGAGGAGGUCAGGGCUCGGCUGGACAAGCUGUCCGUCCUGCGCCUCAGCGUCGGCUACCUGAAGGUCAAGAGCUUCUUCAAUGCCACCAUGAAGAAAAGCCAGGGCGGCUCCAGCUGGACGAGCGACGGGAACCUGUUGCUUGGGGGAAAAGUCCAGAAUGCGUUGACUCCCAUCUCCACGACCAUCUCCUCCUCCUCUUCCUCCUCCACGCCCUACUGCUCCCAGAUGACCUCCAUGGACGGAGUCAGCUUCUCUGAGGGCGACCUGCUGCUCCAGGCGCUGAGCGGCUUCGUGCUGGUGGUGACGGCUGAGGGUUACGUCUUCUACAUGUCCCCGACCAUCCAGGACUUCCUCGGCUUCCACCAGUCGGACGUGGUCCAUCAGAGCGUCUUCGAGUUGAUCCACACCGACGACCGAGCUCUGUUCAGACGACAGCUCCACUUCGCCCUCAAGCCCAACGCCAGCCAAUCGGACGGCGGCGUGGACAGUCCCGGUGAGAACUCUGCAGAGAUCACCACCGGCGUGAUGAACUACGACCCCCAGGCCAUCCCCCCAGAGAACUCCUCCUUCCUGGAGAGGAACUUCUGCUGCCGAUUCCGCUGCCUCCUGGACAACUCCUCCGGCUUCCUGGCCCUGAACUUCCGCGGACGCCUGAAGUUCCUCCACGGUCAGAACCGGGUGUCGGAGAACGGGACUCUGGUGCCACCGCAGCUCGCUCUGUUCGCCAUCGCCACGCCGCUGCAGCCGCCGUCCAUCCUGGAGAUCCGCACCAAGACGCUCAUCUUCCAAACCAAGCACCAGCUCGACUUCACGCCCAUGGGCAUCGACACCAGGGGUAAAGUGGUGUUAGGGUACAGUGAGACAGAGCUGUGCACCCGGGGCUCAGGCUACCACUUCAUCCACGCUGCAGACAUGAUGUACUGCGCCGAUAACCACAUUAAAAUGAUAAAAACCGGAGAAAGCGGCUUCACCAUCUUCAGACUGCUGAAGAAAACGGGGUUGUGGGUGUGGGUCCAGGCCAACGCCAGGCUGGUGUUCAAAGGAGGGAAACCGGACUUCAUCGUGGCGCGGCAGAGAGCUCUGACAAAUGAAGAAGGAGAGGAACAGCUACGUCUCAGACGCCUGCAGCUGCCGUUCAACUUCACCACCGGGGAGGCGCUGCUGUACGACAACACCCCGACCGUGGACAUGCCCGACAUGCCCGACAUGCCCGACAUGUGCUCCAGCCCCAAGCAGAGGAAAAUAGACGAGUUCUCCGUCAGCCCCAACUCCAUGCUGGGCUGCAUUCUGAGGCAGGACCAGUCCAUCUACUGUGAACACAACCCCAACUCCAUGAGCUCCCUCAACGACGCCGCCUUCAAGGACACGCACGCCACCGUCAGCGUGCCCGGAGACAUCUGGCCCCACGCUUCACCCAAACCUUUGGGGAAUCUGAUUAAGUCGGAGGCCAUGGUUCAGAACAUGAUGGAGACGCUGCAGCAGAUCCUCGGGGACAGCAACGUGAUCGGCACGCUGGACGUGGAGCCGGAGGAGAUCAGGAGCUGGGAGACCAUGUUGCUGAGGAUGAGCUCCAACACGUCUGAAAUGAGCGAGGACCUGAACGACAUCCUCAACAACGACAUCCUGUCGUACGUGGAGGAGCAGCUGCAGAAGGAGAGCGGGUUCAAGCUGCCAGAUCAGCUGGACAUCCCAGCCUCCCUCUCCACUCUGGACCACCCGAUCCAGAACCCCAGCCUGGCUGUGGAGCAGAACUUCGGGUGGCCCCUGGAGCCUCAGAGCCAGCUGAUCUCAAACGGAGGUCCGAUGAUGAACGGACAAACGGUGCCGGUCCUGGAGACGAUGAAGCUCACCCACAUGGAUCUUCCUCAGUUGGGGUCUUCUGCUCUAAACGGCCCCACCCUUCAGCAGAUGGCCUCCCAGCAGAUGCUCCCCAAUCCUGUCGGCCUUGGCAUCGCUCCGGUGACCUUCAACCCCUCGCUGGUGGACUCUCGUGUUCAGACACAGAACGAACUGAGGAGCUUGCAAGUCGCUGCCAAGGAGAACAACCUGGGAGCGUUCAGGCAGACCAAUCAGCUUCACCCAAACCUAGUGCCGAACCAGGUUCAGAUGAUGAUGCCCAGCGCGCCGAUCGGCCUCCAGGACCAAAGCGGAGACAGAAAGUUAAACCCUGUGUUCAACUUCGUGGGAAACCGAUGGAACUCCUCCAUCCAAAACUCCAACCAAGUCAACAGCUUUGCUCAGACUUACACCCAGAAUAUUUCAGAGGAACCAGGUUUCCCUGCAGCUCCUCCCCCGUCCAGCUGCCUGCAGGGCCACUUUGAGCUUCACACACACCACAGCGAGAAUCAGAGACAGUCUUGGCAGCUGGAGCAGCAGCAGCAGCAGCUCAUGUCCGGUGGAAGCCAACAAAUGGCCGCCUGCCUCAACCAAAUGCCAGGACUUCAGAGGAACCCUCUGCCUGGAGUCGCUGCACCACAAACCACUGUCAACGGCAGACCAGUGUUCAGGUCUCCAGAGACUCCCACUGUACCUUUUGCUGUUCAGCAGAACCUGGAGCCGCCGCCUCCUCUGGCACCUUCGAGCAGUUGUAUGUUCGGUAACGCCCCGGUGUCUGUGCCUGUGAACGGACUGCCCCUGGGUCAGGUGAACGCCUGCAAGCAGAUGAACGCAACCGGCAACAACCAGAUCCUCUCCAAUCCCGCCUGCUUCUACCAGGGAGGAGGCUCGGUGCUGGGCAUGCCGGCGUUACCGAACCCCGAUGAGGCGGCGCUGUCCUGCCAAAUGCCCGCCAGCCUGGACCUGAACGACCUGUUGGUGCAGCAGCAGCAGCAGCAGUAUCUGAACUUCACUGAACAGACGCAGAUCAACAGCCGCCCAGUCCUCGGGAACAAAGGCUUCCCGUUCCCCUCGCUGCCCGGCGACACCUUGUACUACUCCGAGAACAAAUAGGGACGAGCCGCUGGCCACCCGGCCCGAGAGGAAAACUAGACUCCUGUCUCUAAACAUGAAACGGAAUAGACUGAACAACAGAAACGUGCCCCUGGACAGGAUGAGGAGAGAAAACAGGACACGUCCCCCUCUCUCUUUUUCUUUAUUCUCCCAAUUAGGACAGAGUGAUGAAAGCUUUAAAAAUUCAAGUGUGGCUGAGGACGGCUGGUUAGUGGUCGAGGAGGAGGAGACGUCUCCUGAGGACGGAGGAGAGUUUGUUUUCAUGGAAGAAGAAUGAAAUCUUUUCUUGGAGCUGAUUGGAUUGUACCAAAAAAACUUCCUCAGUGAUUUGUUAUGUGCAAAGUUUGAGAAAUAGUACGUUUGGCAAAACACUGUCACAGGAUUGGCUGCAGCUCAACUGGUGUCAGCCAAUCACCACACAGCACUUCUGAAUCGUCCCACCUCCUCUCAGUGUUGACCAAUGAGAGAAGAACUUCAGUAAAUUCACUGUGGUGGAGAUAAAAAGCAGCUAAUUCUGCUGACGCUGCGUGAACAGCGGGUGGUGUCUCUCCACAAGGAGGCAGCAGUGUGCCCGUUCUACACUCUGUGCAAAUUGGAGAUGUUUAAAGAUGAGAAAAGACUCGAAGGAGGAAGUAGAACUGGUUUCUUUGGGCGAAUGUUUCUCCGGUCUGGUCCCUGAGCUCCACUGUCCCACACACAGUGGAUCAGAUCAACCCACACGUGGAGUCAGAGGCCGGAUGCCGACUCGACCUCCUGCUCUUCCUCUUUUCUACUUUCUCAGAAGGAUGAAAUGUGUUGACGUCUUCUUGUUUUGCUGUUUUUCAAAUUGCGUCUCGAUUAAGUUCAUUUCAACUCUUUACUGUCCCACUGAGGGAGAUUUGCUUUGCAGACAGGGUAUGUAUAAAUAUAUAUAUAUACACAUAUAUAUAUAUCUUUAAAAAAAGAAAAAAGAAACGCACAAUGAAAUCACAGCAUCAUCCUACUAACAGACCGUUUUUUAACAAGAUGAUCGAGUGAAACCAGCUGCUUGUUAGUUCGUCUCUAGAUUUUUUUAAAGCAGUCCGAUCUUUUUUCACUGAGCCAGUUCUUCUUCUUCUGUUCUUCAAUAUUUCUGUGUCGUUGUUUUCUUGUUAUAGAGGAAAAACAAAUGUAGACAGUGCCUUAACCCGACAGACUGUUUGAAACCUUUAAGGGACAGUCUGUCAAUUAUCUGCAAUUUAAAAAAGAAGCCUUUCCAUCCGGACUAGGAGCAGAGAAAGGGCGUGGUGGAAAUUGGUGUUUGAAACCAAAGUGAAACUCGCCCUCGCCUUAACUUCACUCGCCAGUUUUUUAAAGAUUUAUUGCACUAUUCCCUUUAUUGCCAAAGCAUAGUGAAAAUAAUUCACGAAUACUUUUAUCAGAGAAAAGUUCCUACAGGUUUGGUGAUGAUAGAUGCAAAAAUACAAACAAGAUGCUCUUAUAAAGUCAUUCUAAUGACUUAUUAUUUUAAUAAAGCCCAAAUUAAAUGGAUAAUAAAUAUCUAUUUCAUUAAUAUUGUAUUUAAAGUCGAACUACACUUCCUCAAAUAGCAGAACCUGAAAAUGAAAAACCAGAAUGUUUCCGAUACUUGUAUUUUAUUCUCAGCUUUCCGUUUUCUUCUUCUUCGCUCUGUGUCUUGUGCUUUAUGUAUCAACGCUGAUCGUCCGGCGGCGAGAACGCAGAAGUAAAACAGUGAAAGGCAGCUAUUGUAUAUUUUAAACGAGGAAAAAAAAUGGAAAACACUUUGCAAGUUAAACAAAAACACACACACGACAGGGUUGGAAACGUCAAGUGCCUUUUUAAAACGAGCUCUUCUCGAUUGUCUGUGGAUCUUUACUCAGCACGUAGAUUGAAAAGAGACGCUGAGUCACACCUGGCUUCAUCCAGGACUGAGCCGUAAAAUCACUUUUCCUCUUCAGCACUUCUGAACCUUUGAUAACAAACACUUAGUUGUGAAGCAGACUUUAGCAGAUUGCUCACAACCAACUUGAACACUUGACUUGAAAAACCCCAAACAAGUCGGUGCAGCCAUGUGUGAUGCUUGAUACUCGAGGAUACCAAAGGGACAAAUCAGACUCAGAUCUACGGAUUCACUGAUUUCUAUAGUUUGUGGAAACACAGAGAAACGACGAGAGAUGGACCAGAAUGAUUGUAUUUGUAGUUUCACGUAGAAAAUCUCGCGUCGAGCUGCGUUCAUGUCACACGGGGAGUUUGUGGUCGAUGGUUUCCAACAUGUAAAUUCACAGCAACAUGUAAAAAGUCAGGAACUUCAUCCAGCUGUUUUUCAAAGAAGCAAACAAAUGAAUUAAAUGCAGCAGAACUUUUAUCUCUCUAUAUUAGCACAGCACUUUAUUUUGAACCUUUUUAAAAGAGCUGAAAAAUACUCAACUUGUUUGACAGUCGAUUUAAAAAUCUGCGUUUUCUCUUCAUUAUCCGCUCGUGGAUGUUGACGCUGUUUACAUGUUGGAAAUCCUCAAAUGUGACACGAGUCUGUUUUCUCUGAGGGUCGUUCAGCUGCAUUAUGGGUAAUGUAGUAAAGCACGGACUGGCAGUGAGAACAGUGGAGGCAGAUUGAGUUUAAAGUUGCUUCGGCUUGUAUCUAUUAUUCUUUAAUAGCCAUAUAUGAUCUAACUCUGCAGCGAUGCUUCAGUGAAUCUCCUGAAAAGGCCAAAAAGUUUGUUUGUUUGUGUUCAAGGCACCAAAAUAAGAUUUGGAUUCGGUAUUUGAAAGUAAGGAUUUGGAAUAAUAAUCGAAAACCGAGCCGAAGCAGUUGUAAAAUAGAAGAAAUUUAAAUAAAGUCACACAAACCCCCCAAGAUUUUUUUUUAAACAUCAGCAGCGAGCAACUACAACAAAAGUAACUGAGCUUCUUUGUCGUCAAUUCAGCAAAAGUUCGUAAACCAUCACAUGUGGAUGUUUCCUCAUCGGAGGCCAAAUAUUUAAGACUCAGUACAAAAUGAAGCGUUUCGUUCUCUCUCUCUGUUUCACUGCAUAUAGAAAUUUAAAUAUAUAUUGUUGCUUGCUUCUAGAUAAAAAAAAAAGACAAAGCCAUUGUACUUUUAUUUUUUUUUCAAAUUCAAGGCUCCAAAAUGCAGUAUCUUUGUGUACCUUGUAUAUAAAUAUCUAUAUUUGUCUUCUUAAUUUUUUCAAAACCCCAAUACGUCAUAUAAUGUGUAUUUUAUCAUAAUAAUGGCUUAACCUGACUCACAACUAUAAUUUUUUUGUACAUUGUCUGCACAGCAUACUCACUUGUAAUCUCUUGUUAUGAUGGUUUUUACUUUGUAACUUUUCAACUUGUUAUAUCUUGUGGAUUUGCCUUCAAUAUUUUUGCUUCUAACAGUGUAUGAAUGUUGAGUCAAUAUGUUCCUGCUCACCGUAUUAAAGGUGAAGUGAUCACAC